CUACAUAGUUUAAAAAAACAUCGAUGAUACAUUUAGGAUAAUGAAGAAAUUUAGUAGACUAAAGGAAUUACCAACAGCAGAUCAAAACAAGGACACAAACACGGCCCUACAGAAGCUGGGAAAAUUACUGACAGACUCACAACACGUGGAGAAGAUAUGUAACAGCUGCAGAAGGAAUGUCCUGGAUCUGGUAUAUCGAGCUCGAGAUGUCAUCGGUGAGAUACAGAACGAGACGUCGCAGAAAGAUAAACAGCAGGUGUACUGUGUGGCCCUGGCCAGGAUUCUGGAGAUGUGUCCGUAUAUAUUAGGGUUUGUGGACAGUUUUGUGAGGUCAUGUGACAGUUUCUUUCAUCUACAUGAUCAUUUUGAAACCCAGUUUGUUCUUGACCUAUCUAAAGCAACCUUGACCUUGACAAGAAGACUUCCCAGCAUUCCCUUUGACCUACAUUCUCUGUUGGAGUUUAUGAAACAAGAAAAAGGAAAGCUAGGAACGGAGGCACUAUGGAAUAUUCUUGGUGCCCUUGGGGAAGCCGUGCGGUUGUCAGGGAAACAGAAGAAGGACCUGCUACAGUUAAUUCUGUUGUCAAGGGCAACCAAGGCACAGAUAGAGAGUGGGGAGUCCCACAGGAAGAAGAAGAAACACAGCAGGAAGGACCGGGGAGGGGGGCAGCUGGGGGUCGUAACCAUGGAGAAUACUGACCUUGACUCGGAGAUAGCUAGAAUCUAUACCCCUGCUGUUUCCUGUCCCCAGAAGGGAAACAUAACAACAAGAAUUGGUACCCUGUCUUCACAGGAAGUGACAUCAGCAAUGGAGGAUCUGGACUCCAGGGAAGAUCUGCUUCACAAAGACGUUGUCAGCGUGGCCGGACUUCUACUUCCUCGAGUUAGAAAUACUGAAACUGAGGAUCCCUGUAAACUGGUUCCCGUCUCCUCAAUGACGGCCAAUCUGCGGAGUUUGACUCUUGCUGUAGCGUCUGGUAAUCCGGUUCUACUACAAGGACCGGUGGGCUGCGGGAAAACCAGUCUGGUUCAGUACCUGGCUCAGAAGGUGGGGAGGGUGGGGGCCCCGGAGUUUAUGAAGAUCCAGCUGGGAGACCAGACUGAUAGCAAGGCUCUGUUGGGAACUUACCACUGUACGGACAUCCCUGGGGAGUUUGUUUGGCGGGCAGGGAUUCUGACGCGGGCGGUGACAGAGGGACACUGGAUUCUUCUGGAGGACGUAGAUUACGCCCCGAUGGACGUGGUGUCGAUCCUGCUCCCCCUCCUGGAGCGGGGGGUGCUGUCAGUACCGGGGCACGGGGACAAUGUCCAGGCUCACCCAGACUUCAGAAUGUUUGCCACACAGAGGUUGCUGGGAGGUUGCAGUGGCUGGUACAGACAACAGAGCAGUAGUUCGGUGUUGCUGGAGAAGAUGUGGACAAAGGUCAACAUUCAGCCGCUGUCAAAGGUCGAGCUCCGUGAGGUCAUCAACACCAUGUUCCCACAGUUAUCCACAGUAACAGAUCGUCUGUUGGACAUCUACUUCCUGCUGUCAGCAGGGAAACACGAGAUCACGGGAGAGGAAGAGGAAGUGACGUCAACAGUGGGGAAGUUCCUGUCCAACGAAGGGCGUCUUAUCUCUACCAGGGAUCUGGUGAACUGGUGUCGUCGGAUAGCCCUGGAUUUUCAGAUCCAGCAGACCUCCACGGCUGGACUGGUACUACAGGAGGCCCUGGACUGCUUCACCGCGUGUAUCCCCCACCCCCAGAGACGAGUCCUGGUGGCUCAGGCCAUCGGGGCCAAACUAAACAUCACCCCAGACAGGGCUGAGUACUUUUGCACUAAGUAUAAACCGAGCACCGAGAUCACAGUGGAGAAGUUUACAGUAGGCAGGGUGAUUCUGGACAGACGAGUGCUGGACCCCUCACUUAAUCUUGUCAGGCCGAGGACAACAUUUUCCUUUACCCGACAAGCCUCAGCAUUGCUGGAGAGGGUUGCCAUGGCAGUCAAGGAAAACGAGCCCGUCUUAUUAGUCGGGGAAACAGGGACGGGUAAAACAUCCAGUGUCCAGUACCUGGCUGCUCAAUUAGGUCAUAAGCUGCGUGUGAUCAACAUGAACCAGCAGAGUGACAGCUCAGAUCUUCUGGGAGGGUUUAAGCCGAUGGACCUGAAGAUAAUCGUGAAGCCGGUGAAGGAAGAGUUUGAGUCUUUGUUCUGUUCCACAUUCUCGGCCUCAGAAAACGCAAAAUUCCUCAGUCACAUACAGGAGAAUUUCUCCCGAAGUAACUGGGCCAAUUUAUUUACCCUGAUGGAACACACUGUAGAGCCUGCCUUAAAACGAGGCAAAGCAGGUAAACUUGAUGCUGAGCUGCACACCAAGUGGAAGAAUCUAAAAUUCAGAAUUAUGCAGUUAAAACUACAGGUCAAGAGGUCAGAGAAUGCCCUGACCUUCUCAUUCAUAGAGGGUACACUUGUUAAAGCUCUAAGACAGGGAGACUGGGUGUUAUUGGACGAGAUUAACUUAGCAGCAGCAGAAACUCUGGAGUGUUUGAGUGGAUUACUGGAGAGUACAAAAGGCUCGAUUGUACUCACAGAGAGAGGUGACAUCUCCCCGAUACAGAGACAUGAGAGCUUUAGGAUUUUUGCCUGCAUGAACCCGGCUACAGAUGUGGGGAAGAAGGAUCUACCUAUAGGUGUCAGAAACAGGUUUACAGAGUUUUACGUGGAUGAGUUGGAGGAGGAACAGGACUUGAGGAUCCUGGUCAGUGACUACCUCUCCCCGCUCUCCCUCACCCCCACCCACAUCCAGGGCAUCGUCAAGUUCUACCUCACCGUGAAGAAAGCGGCCAUGGACAAACUGACGGACGGGACCGGACACAAGCCUCACUUCAGUCUCAGGACACUGUGUAGAGCUCUGAGAUUUGCAGUGUCAAAUCCGUGUGGACAAGUGUCCAGGUCUCUGUAUGAGGGAUUCUGCCUGAGUUUCCUGACCCAGUUAGACAGAGCCUCCCACCCCCUGGUCGUUAACCUGAUCACCCAGCACAUCGUGGGAAAGUCCAACAUCAAGUCCCUCCUGAAGCAGGGGAUCAGAGAGCCGCUAGAGGGAGGGUGUCUACAGUUUGAGGGGUACUGGGUGUCACAGGGCCGGGCCCUGCCCACCGUCCCCAGUAACUACAUCCUGACCCCCUCAGUCAGGGCUAACCUCAGGGACCUCGCCAGGGUCGUGUCAGCGGGACAGCACCCAGUUCUUCUGCAGGGGGAGACCUCGGUGGGCAAGACGAGUCUUGUGAAUUAUCUAGCUCGGAGCAGCGGGAACGUGUGUGUACGGGUGAAUAACCACGAACACACGGACCUACAGGAGUAUGUAGGGUGUUACUCCGCAGACCAGUCAGGCAAACUCGUGUUCAAAGAAGGUGUCCUGGUUGAGGCCAUGAGAAAGGGACACUGGGUUAUACUGGAUGAGCUGAAUCUGGCUCCUACAGACGUUUUAGAGGCCCUCAACAGGCUUCUGGAUGACAACAGAGAACUCUUUAUCCCUGAGACCCAGGAGACAGUGAAGGCUCACCCUAAGUUUAUGUUGUUUGCCACACAGAACCCCCCGGGGCUGUACGGGGGACGUAAGAUUCUGUCAAGAGCGUUCAGGAACCGCUUUAUUGAGCUCCAUUUUGAUGAGAUCCCGAGUUCUGAGCUGGAGACAAUCCUCCAUCAGAGAUGUGAUCUACCGCUGUCCUACGCCAAACGACUGGUGGCAGCCAUGUUAGAUUUACAGACCAGAAGACGAGGUUCGGGAGUGUUUGCGGGGAAGCAGGGCUUCAUGACCCUCAGAGACCUGUUUAGGUGGGCGGAUAGAUACAAGUGUAAAGAGGUCAAACUGGAGAGGAAGUUCUAUGACUGGGACCAACACAUGGCAGAUCAUGGCUACAUGUUGCUGGCGGGCAGAGUGAGAAAACCUGAGGAGGCGGACAUUGUACAGGAAGUGAUCCAGAAGCAUCUCAAACGCAGUGUGGACCCUGAUCGACUGUUUACGCUGAACGCUGAGACGUCCCCUACCACGGUGUCGAUACUGCGGAGGGUGAUGGGAGACUCGCCACAGGGGUUUGAACACGUGGUGUGGACGUACGGGAUGAGACGUCUGGCCGCACUGAUUGGUCAUGCUGUACAGUUCAGAGAACCUGUUCUACUGGUCGGGGAAACAGGUUGUGGUAAGACAACCGUCUGUCAGCUGUUGUCCCGGUUACAUGACCUUGACCUACAUUCCAUUAAUUGUCACCUUCACACAGAGAGUGCCGAUUUUUUGGGAGGACUUCGACCGUGUCGGUCUCACAGCGAGGAGGAUACAGUUGGUCCUAAGAAGUUGUUUGAAUGGGUGGAUGGUCCUCUGGUCAAUGCUAUGAGGCGGGGGGAUAUGUUCCUUAUUGAUGAGAUCUCGCUGGCUGAUGACUCAGUGCUGGAGCGGCUGAACAGCGUACUGGAGCCUGAGCGGACCCUCCUACUGGCAGAGAAGGGCGGGGAGGAUGGAGGGGGGAAUCAGGUGGAGGUCGUAGUCGCAGCUGAUAGGUUCCAUGUGUUCUCCACCAUGAAUCCUGGUGGGGACUUUGGUAAAAAAGAGUUAUCGCCUGCUCUAAGAAACCGGUUCACAGAGAUCUGGUGUCCACAGACCAGUGAGCGAGCCGACCUGAUACGCAUCAUUGAACACAACCUGUCGCCCGGUAUUCACCUUGGUAACCAGGAGGACGGGACCAGUGGUGUGGGGCGGGUCAUCAUGGACUUUGUAGACUGGUUCACCAAUAACGAUCUAGGGAAAAGAUGUACUGUGAGUAUCCGUGACAUCCUGUCCUGGGUCAACUUCAUCAAUGUCUGCUCCAUCAAGAUAACCCCAGAUGCCAUGGAGAUGGAAACCGGUUAUAACCAGUUAGAACCAGUUGUGGCCUUAAUCCACGGAGCGUGCCUGGUGUUUCUAGAUGGUCUUGGAGCAGGGACCACCAGUAGGGGUCGUGACUCGGAUAUCUCGAGUCUGAGAUCCGCCUCUCUGUGUCACCUCCUACAUCUCAUCAACCAGAUAUCUCACCAGUCACAUGACCUCAAAUCUCUUGGACUAUUGGACAAGGAUUCUGGGGACUUUGAGGGGAUAGUUAAGGAGACACCAGAUGCCUUUUGUGUUUGGCCCUACAGCAUCAGUCGAGGUGAGCUUGAGACUGGUUUAGAUGAUAAAUAUGCCCUGCAGGCCCCCACCACCUGUGUGAAUGCCCAGCGAGUCCUGAGGGGCCUACAGCUGCCCCGCCCCCUGCUCCUGGAGGGAUCCCCGGGGGUGGGGAAGACCAGUUUGGUGGCAGCCAUCGCUAAAGCAGCGGGGAAGGAACUGGUCCGCAUCAACCUAUCAGAACAAACGGAUGUAACAGACCUGUUUGGGGCUGAUUUACCUGUGGAGGGAGCAGAAGGGGGGAGGUUUGCCUGGAGGGACGGUCCACUGCUGAGGGCCCUCAAACUAGGUCACUGGGUCGUACUGGAUGAGUUAAACUUGGCCUCUCAGUCAGUGUUGGAGGGACUUAAUGCCUGUCUGGACCACAGAGCUGAAGUCUUCAUCCCGGAACUGUCCAAAACCUUCCACAUCCAGCACCAGAAGACCAGGCUGUUCGCCUGUCAGAACCCACUCAACCAGGGCGGGGGCAGGAAGGGGCUACCCCGGUCAUUUCUCAACAGGUUCACACAGGUGUACAUAGAACCCUUGACCUUCAAGGACCUGCUAUUUAUAGCUCACAGGACAUAUCCAGAAAUACCCUGUAACAUACUAUCUAAUAUGGUUGCAUUUAAUAUGAAGAUAGAACAGGAGACAGUGACCGAGGGUCGGUGGGGUCAGAGAGGGGGACCCUGGGAGUUCAACCUCCGCGACCUCUUCAGGUGGUGUGACCUUCUGCUGAGGAACAAACACACUGUAGAUGACCUUGACCCUGGAGAGUUGGUGGGACUGUUAUACAGGGACAGAAUGAGGACACUGGAGGACAAACAGAGGGUGCUGGAUUUGUAUGACAGAGUGUUCUCCCCUGACAGACCGGUGUACACCUCGACCAGACAGGUGGUCAUCACGGACAGACACGUCCACGUGGGUCACUCCUGUCUGCCCCGGUCUGACCCCCAGGCCCCCUCCCCCGGGGGUAAGGCCAGGAAGUCCCUGUACCUCCUACAUCACUGUCUGGAGCCCCUGGAGUCCGUCAUGAAGGCUGUAGAGAUGAACUGGAUGAGUAUAAUUGUUGGUGGCCCAUCAAGUGGAAAGUCGACCUUGGUACAGAUUUUGUCGCAGUUGACUGGUAACAGACUCCAUGUUUUAGCUACAAACAGCGCCAUGGAUACGACAGAGCUACUGGGGGGAUUUGAACAGGCAGACAAGAAAAUGCAUGUAGAAGAGUAUGCCACAGAAAUGGAAGAGGUUGUGACCUUAUUAUUGAACUGUCUCCUUGGUAACCAUGACACAAAAUCCAGGGUCCAUAAGUGGGAGGAGCGGAUAAAGGAGGCAGGGAGACUGACAGAAGUCUGGGGACGGUACACAAAAGUGGAGGAAAAGUACAAAGGAAAACAGCUGACAACCACAGAGGAGGCGGCCCAGCUACAGGAGAAAGUGAACGCCCUGGAGGAGGUGUUUACAGAGGUCAAGUCAGGGUCAGCACAGCUAGAGGAGGCCCUCCACAGGUUACAGCAGAAGAGAUCCAAGGCUCUGAUUGGUCUGGAGGAAUGGAAGGCGGGACAGGGGGCGGGGACUUUUGAGUGGACUGACAGCUUAUUGGUUCAGGCCUUACAGAGCGGGGAGUGGCUAAUGAUUGAUAAUGUCAACUUUUGCAAUGCCUCAGUGUUAGAUCGGUUGAAUGCCCUGUUGGAGCCCCAUGGUGUGCUGUCAAUCAAUGAGAGAGGAGUGAUUGAUGGGGAGAUCCCCAGUAUCACACCACACCCACACUUCAGACUGUUUCUAACAAUGGACCCUAAGUUUGGUGAGAUUUCCCGAGCCAUGAGGAACAGAGGGGUAGAGAUUUAUAUCCCAGGGGAGGAAGAAGGAAAUGCCUAUUCAGAACAGGAUAUGACAGUGAUGCUUCAUGGUAUAGGUUUAGAAUGUAAGAGAGUUUCUGAUUGGUUGAUUUCUCUGUAUGUACACAUGAGGGAGAUUUUACGGAGGGGAGAGAGGCCCCACCUCCUCCAGCUGUUACAGUGUGGAGUGACCGUCGUCCAGCAGACAGACCGAGGGGUAGAGACAGGGGAGGCGGUCAAGUGGGCCGCUAGAGAGGUGUUUGUUAACAGUAUCAACAAUGCAGAGACCAAGAAGCAUGUUACAUCAGUGUUGGAGGAACAUUGCCAUAAUUGUGAUUUGGAGAUGCCUGAUUCUGACCCACACAGAGUUAUCUCUCUUAGCCCUGUAACAGACCACAUCAGGGACACAUUCUCAGCCAAUCUACUCCAACAUAGUGCCUUAAUACAGAAUAUACUACAGGGCAUGAUAAACAGACUGUCUUCUGGAGGUGUAGACAAUAAAUCACAUGACCUGUCACCUGACCUGUGUACAUGGCAGAGUCUACUGUCUGUCUGUAUGUUGUAUGUGGAUCUCUCUACACCUGACACACUCACUGUCCGCUCCCUGCUCCUACAACAGAUGUUAGAGAGUUACAGGGAAGCCCUGAGUAGGUCAAGGUCAGGAUCUCCAUUACUUGACGACACAAAAGGUCACCUUGAGCUGAUACAGGAUGUCAUGGGACUGAUGGUUAACAAUGUAAAGAGUCUAGUGCUGGAGAAAUACAGAACAAUUGAUAAUGCUGAUGUUGGGCAGUACUACAUGGACCCCCGAUAUUGCCCCCAGGUUCUGAGGUCUGUCUGUGGGGGAGACAGCUAUGUGUGGGCUGUGAACCUCUACACUCUUGUGUCUCACGUCAGUAGGAGCUUAUCAGUGGGGGCUCCACUGGGGGACAAACUGAAGAAAUUCUUAGAAGAAGGGAGCAAAGAGAGUUUUGAUGUAGAUUAUGGGACCCUUGAGAAUCUGAUGUUUGAUGUAAUACAGACAGAUAAAAUCCUACAACAAUUCAGCCACCUAGGUAAAGACAAGGAUUUCCAAAGCAUAAUUAAGGUAAUGGAUAAGAUCUGCUGGGUUGCUAGGAUGAGGGAGUCCUUGGUUACCUACACACAGGAUCAUGACCUUAACAAGGUCAUCUUGUUCUACUCCUGGGUCAAGGACAAACUACUGCCUGUAAUGGGGGACAGGUUUAUGGAGUGUUUCCCACAUCUGUACCAGGCAGGAGAAGUUCUGCUGUCAGGAUAUGAGGAGACAGAUUGUUACAUCAGGUUCUGGAACUCCCAUGGUCACCCACCUCCUUACAGAACCCAGAGUGAGGCUGAGAACUGCUUGACCCUGAGUGACCUCUGUAAACUGUCUGACAUCCAUAGAGAGGUUGCUGACCUCAUUAUGGAGUAUAAAGUCCAGUUACAUCUAGACAAAAGGAGUGAACUUGUGUCAUUAGUAAUGAAUGCAGGGACUGAAGUGAACACUAGAUGUGCACUUGGCAAUAACACAGAGACCAUUAGAAAGGUUAGACAACUCCUGCAGCAGUAUAACCUAACACGAGAGGAAACAAAGCUAGUGGACAUUGUAAUGGAAACAGACCAAUCAGAAUACAGCAAUCUAUGGUCACAGUGCAGCCAAUCAACAUCUGGAAAGCAUGUUGACCUUUGGCCUCUACAUGAUCACAUGUUUGUUCUCUCUGAGCUGAAGCUGGUCAAUGAAAUGUUCCUAUCAUUAGAAUAUACUACUUCACCAGAGAUAGGGGCAUUAGUUAACUAUGGGAGCCAGUUUUCACCUGUGUCACCAAUGGUUUUAACAAAACUGAAAACAAAGUCUGAAGACAAAAGUCAGGAAGCUUUAUGUGAGAUACUCUGUGGUCUGUACCAACAACUGUGGACCAACACAUCGGCUACAGGACUAAACUGGUGGUUAAACUGGUCCCCAUCUCCUCAAAGCACGACAUCAUAUAUUGAUAGGACCAGGGAAUAUUUGGGCCCGGAAAGUCUUCAUAAGUCAGUACUAAGUCAGACUGCCUUCCACCUGAUGGCUGGAGAAUCUGAGGAAACACACAAGUCAUCACAAGACAGACCUCUCACUGUUGAUGUACCUCUGAGAGACUUAAAAUCAAGGCUACACAAAUUACAGAUCCUGUCACAACAUAUCUGGUCUCAAGGCUCAAUGCUCUGUAAAGGGAAUCUUCAGACUAGGAAACUGUUGAGACAGCAUAUUGUCCAAGUGUUUGUAUCAAUACUUCACUCCACUGUGUCAAUGUUUAAAACAAAGGAAUCAGAGGACAAAUACAAACACAGUGUGUCUGAGAUCAUCACAUGCCUUCAAAACAAAGAUUCCUCUCAUAGGGACAGUGAACACAUAAUCCAAACUAUAACAGAUCCCCUACACGGAGUUAUUGGGCCUGAUCUAUUUAUAGUCAGGGAGUGUUUGAAUGGAGUACUUGCCGUUUCUGAUGAUGAGGCUGAUAUGAUUACAGUAGGGAGACAGUGGGUGUAUGUAGGUCUACUGGGCAUGCUCCUCCACAAACCAAGGUCACCUGUUGACCCCGUGGUCAAGACACAGAUAAAACUACAGCUCAAACAAAGGGAGUUGGAGGAGAUCAAUACAGAUAUUGAGGUUAAGGUCACCUAUCACAGACAAAUGACAGGUCUACAUCUGCUGGACACGCCCUCCCACCUACAUCAUCCUCUGAUCCUCCACUUGAUUGACAGGAAGGACAAGUUACAGAGACAGAUAGAGGCUUUACAGUCCCAGCAGGCCUACAGACCAAGUGCUUGUCAGUACAAACAACUUUUGAAUAUGAUAAGGGACUUUGUCAGUACCAAAGGAUCUGCCGAUCACACAAUUCACCUGAUGGAAAAGCUAUUAAGAGUUUGUGAUUCUGGAGAAUUAUCCAGUGAGAUUGCAGAAGAGAGAACCUGGCAGAAAACUCACCAGCGAUUGGUCCGUUCCCUGGAGGAGGAGUUCCCUCUGUACAGAGACAUCACCACACCCUUCAUAGUCGCCCUUCAACAGGUGAGAUGUGGUAUAAGACUUAUUGCUGGUUGUGCCACAGAAGCAAACAAUGCUCAACAGCUGACAGAGAGGCUGAAAGUGACCAGUCAGGUCCAUGAGACAGUAGGUCACAUCAGGGAAGCAGCUCUGCUUUUGGGAAAAAUCCCGUUUAUUUCAUCAGAUGUGAUCAGCAGCGUAAAGCUAGCUCAGAAAAUCCUGUUAGUGGAGAGACUGGUGUCUGGUUGUGGGGGUCAAGAGGAGGAGAGCAGGACAGAGCAAACUUCAAGACUUUACCUUGGUGCAUUGUUUUUACUGCGGAAUUCAGCCAUGAUGAGAAAGGAAUUGAACAGAGAGAUUUUGAUGUCUCUGCAUCAAAUCUUCAAUCGUUUUAUGUUGUCAUGGAAACAGAAGGAGGAGAUACGACGUCAGAAAGAGGCUGAGGAGGGUCUGUAUAAAUACAAGACAAAACUCCACGGCGACGACAGAGACAACGAAGUGAUAGAGGAGGAGGAAUUCAGACAGAACUUUCCUUCCUUUCAAAAGGAUUUCCAAGACUUGAUAACACCCUCCUCUUUGGAAGACACUGGUUUGUCUGAGCCUUUGGAACCUGAAAUAGAAGACAUGCCCCACAGAGUGACUGACAGAGAAUUGACAGCUGUAAGCCACAUCCACCAGCUACUGUUCUCAAGUCUGUCCUCCUCUGAUUGGUUAAAGCAAAGUCAUGUGACAGAGGUCAUGACCAAGGAUAUCACAGAGCCCACAUUGUUGUGCUAUAGCAUUGCUGCCCCUUUGUUUAGAGGGCAGUGGAACUUGUCAGAAGUAGAAAGUCAGACAUUAGGAAGCCACCUGCUGGCCAGUCAGACACUACAAGAGGAGAUAACUCAUGUAUAUGAUAACCAGGAUGAGAAACCAUCACCUCAGGGUUAUGAUGUUUACCGUGACCCUAACUUGUCAGAGGUCAUUCAGUGUGUCCCUAUACUACAGAGACUGAUGGUCAGAGUGAGAGAACUACAAAAGGAGUGGCCAGACCACCCAACACUAAUACAGGUGACACAGAUUGUAGACAGAAUUCUAUCGUUUCCUGUGACGUCACCUGUUGUCAAGUUCCUCACCGGUCUAGAACUUCUCCUGGAGAAAACUCAGGAAUGGGAAAGCAAUGCAGCUAAGCAUGUUUCUAUGGCAACCCAGUUGUCAGAAGUUUCUUCUAAGAUUUUGGACUGGAGAAAACUAGAACUCAGCUGUUGGAAGCAGUGCCUGGACAAUGUCUUUGUAAAGCAGUCCAAGAAAGCUAACAAAUGGUGGUUCCACAUUUAUCAACUUAUCCAGGCAACUUGUCAACAGGAGGAGACUUCAGAAGGUUCAGAUUCAAAAGAGAAAGACUUGUCAGAGGUAAUGCGGACCCUGAAAGAGUUCAUGGAGAGGUCCAACCUAGGGGAAUUUGAGGCUCGACUAGGGAUGUUGAAGUCGUUCCAUUGUCAAACCAUGUAUCUGUGUACUGAGGCCACAGAAGGGGGAACUGGAUCACAAGGCAUGAUGAACUUACUAUGGAACCUGCAUCAGUUUUACAGUCAGUUCUUACCAUUGGUCAGAGAGAAAAUACAGCAACUGAGACAACCAAUAGAAAAAGAGCUCAAGGGGUUUGUGAAAAUUGCCCGUUGGACAGACAUGAACUUCUGGGCCCUAAAACAGACAACAGAGAAAACACAUCGGACAUUACACAAACAGAUGAAGGCUUUCCAGGCUGUUUUAGAACAACCAGUACAGGGUAUAUUGGCAGACCCUGACAGCAGUGUAGAUUCUACUGGUCAAAGGGAGAGAACUCUAACCUGGAGAGAAACUUACAGCUCAGCUGUACAGUCUCUGAUAUCACACACAGUCAGUGUACAGACACAACAGUCAGAGUUACCUGCCCUUGAUCGUGGAGGUCUACACAGCCGACUUGGUCAGUUAUCGGUCAGAAUGUGUAAACACUGGAAAUCGCUGACAAAGAGACUCAAGUACGACCAACUAAUUGUCAGACUAGAUGAGUUCACAGGAGAAAUCAUUGAAUCCAUUCAUGAACUACAACAACUGGAAGUGUCACAAACAGCUGACAAAGAAAAACAGAAGUCGGAAGCUAAACACAUUGGACAGAAGAAAAGGAAAGCUCUCAGUGAUCUGUUUAAAGAAAUAGCACAGCUAGGUCUUUCCUACAGGAGAGGACUUCUCUGUGAUACUGAGAGUAACCUCCCUUUGCUUGUUCCACCACUAGAUAUCUCUGUGUGCUCAGAUCAACUCACCACAAGUAAGAACAGCGCUACAGAAAUAGGUCAGAGUUGCCAUGACUACUACUAUAAAUGUGUUGCCAGAAGAGCCAAGUUAGCCACAGCUUUACAGACUCCUUCCAAGGAACUCGGUGUAGGGAAUAUAGAGCGAUGUAAAGGAUUCACUGAACACUUAAUGAAGUUAGUGGUGGAUCAGUAUUCUGGGGUGGUGGAGAUUCACAAGGCUUUCUUAUCAUUAAGCUCCUUGUCUGAAGUGUUACAAGAUCUAUGUUCAGUUAAUGGAACACCCCCUCCACAGAAGUCAACAAGGGAGCAUAUGGAAUCCCUACUAUCUCUCUUGGUCAGCAUGAAGGAGGGUCUAAUUCAGGUCAAGGUCAUACUUCAGUGUUGUCCACGACAACAAGAGGAGAUAACUCACUAUCCGUCUCCAUUUCCAAGAAAUCAAUUAUCACAGUCAGCCCUGAUGAAAUAUGGGGAUGAACAGUGGAAGCAAUGCUUUGAUGAAAUUCAGACAAUACAACAAAAGGCCAACACAUUGUAUGACUGUAUCAUGCCUCUAACAAAAAGACAACUAAUUACAUGGAGUGACCUUGAGAAGGUGAGGUCAGUGUACAGAGAUUUAACUGACUGUGUACCCCGACUGACAGAGAUAGAGGGACACUUCUGUGACCCUGAAGACAAAACCCUGCCCUCCUACAUAGAUACAGUCAGG